UUCGGUAGCGUCUGCAGACGCGCGUUGUCGUCGGUCGUGUCGAUUUCGUCGAUCAUCGACAAUGCCUGAAAGUAAAACUUGAUCGCUUUCGCGGAAAGAAUUGUCCAGGAGAAGGUAUCACGGUAUCCCGAGUACUCUGUGUAUCAGUAACUCGCGUGAUAUCGGUUUAGAGAUACUUGAUGUAGGAAAGAGAAUACAAGCCAUAUAAUAUGAAUGCAUGUGCGAAUGUUGGUAUUCUCGUUGGAGAAUUACAUAAUAUACACACAUAUAUGCAUGAAUCACGACUCGUCGCAGGGUGAACAAAAGGGAAACCGUACAGCGCGCUAUCGCCUCGUUGUUCGUUCAGCAACUUGCGAUAAAUAAACAUCGGACAUACCGAUUGCCGUCUGUGAAAAAGAGAGAGAGAGAUUGCGCGCGGGGAAGACGAAGAGAGGAAGAGAGAGAGCAAGCGAACGAGCAAGUAUCGUGCGAUUACACUCGCAAUUAGAAUCGAAAUAUAAAGUGUGGUACAUCGUGUGGUACUCAAAGGGAUAGAUGCACCUGCAGAUAAAAAAUAGAAAAUAUCGGAAGCUUCAACAAUGUACGUUAAUACUCCAUUACGAAUGCGAUUGAUCGUUGUUCCUUUCGAUGUCGACUGCGCGAUGCGCUUCCGUCACGCAAAGGAGGGUACACUUUGGAAGGAUUUAGUGAGAAAUCCAAAAGAAUCUUCCACGAGGGCUGACGAAUAUCAUUGAAACGUUAUCGUGAACAAUGGCGGAAUUGAGUCUUGUCGUGUCUACUGUGGGUGAUAAUUCCUAGUUGCUAAAGCAAAGUUUAUCCACGAUACAUUCACAAUACAGUUGCUAUACAUUUGCAUUUUGGCAUUGAGAAAUGCCAGCACCACCUCCGUCUCUCUCGAAUUUGCCAGAGGUACCUAUGUGUGAGAAAACAGAAGUCAGCGAUACUGAUUCUUUGCCCCCUUGGGCUAAAAUCACACUUACAUCUGCGGAAGCUGAAAUUGAAAAGUUAAUAUCACGAAAUGAACUGAAAGAUGCAGAGGUAACUUACUUCUGUCAAGUAGAACCGAUCCUUCAAGAUGGACCACAAUGCGGCUUAGUGGCACUUGCAAUGGCGUCGCAGGAAUAUACAAAACCGGUAUCUGUGAGUCAACUUCUUGCCGAAGCUCGCGUUCGUGGAUUCACGCAACAUGGGGAGGUGUAUAGUGUCGAUUUCAUGGGAACACUGGCUGCGGAAUAUUUGCCCGAUCACAGGCCAGAUAUUCUGGUGGAUCUACAACAGUGCCCAGACACGUUAACUCACGCCCUGGCGCAUGGAGCAAUGGUGCUGAUUCCAUACGAUUCCGACUUUAAUCAUGCUCCGUGUCUCAAAAGGGGCCACAAAGCGCACUGGGCAUUGCUUGUGGGAUUAAUCUCUUCUAGACAAGGAUACUAUGUUUUGGCACGUCACGGUAAAUCGCGUCAUCUGGCUUGUUGGCCGUUACGCGAUUUAAUCGAAAGUAACGGCAACUUGGAGGAAGAAGGUACAGCGCGACAUGCAGGCGGAUAUGUUAUACCAAAGGGCGGUGUCGGUGGUCAAAGAGGUUUACGCGGCAGAGCACUGGCGUUACAUCCGUACAUAUAGAAUCGUGCGAAAGAAUUGUAGGUAAUACCACAGAUAUCACGCUGAAGGAAAAAAUUAAUCGAUACAACGUAUCUGUUACUGCAUUCUGACGCUCCAUGAUCCGAGCGAAACAUUCGAAGCAACAUUUGCACACAGCUUCCGCAAGAGCUAAUUCAACUAAUAAUUAUGUGUAAUACGCGAUGCUUUGAUUAAUGUAUAUUUGAAUUCGAAAGCGCGAGAUAUAUUUCACGUAAUGUUAGUCGCAACGCCUAACGAGUAAAAGAGAGAGGGAGGAAGGGAGAGAGAGAGAGAGAGAGAGAGAGAGAGAGAGAGAGAGAGAGAGAGAGAGAGCGCGCGCGCUACGUUCGGCACUAGAUUCCAUGUGAUUCCAAGUAGCGGCAUUUUCGCUUUCCUCAGAUUACAUUAUGUAAAUAAGAAUUAUGAGAGGCUGAAACACACGAGUAUGUGCACGCAAUUAAGCACGAGCAGUUCUUGGUAGUAGUACAUCCCUAUCAAGUACAUUCUGGUGUACAUGGCAUGCAUGAUGAGAUAUACAGAUGGAACACCCAAUGUUUACAUAAAUAAAUGUGUAUACAUAUACAUAUAUGUAUAUAUGUGUGUGUAUAUAUACACACACACACAUAUAUAUAUAUAUAUAUAUAUAUAUAUAUAUAUAUAUAUAUAUAUAUAUAUAUAUAUAUAUAUAUACAUAUAUAUAUGUAUGUAUAUAUAUAUAUAUAUACACACAUACACGUGUAUAUGUAUAUAUAUUAGGUAGGCGUUAUCAAAAGUCAUCAUUAGUUCACAGAUCGAAAGAUCCAAAUAUAUUUCUUUGAAUAUAUAUUUAGAUGAAAGGUAUUGUGUAGAUUUUCAAAAGUAAUUGUGGUUUAUGUUGGUGCAAUAAAUAAAGAUUAAAUAUAUUAUAUGAUAACUUUGCAACACUUAACUUGAAGCACUGAAUAUCAAACUCGUCACUAAGCAUGCUGUAUCCGCUUUGAUAUAGAGUUUUUAAGACAUUGCGAAUGGAUGUGUCGUGUGUACGUUUUCAAAGGUUUAUACAGGGUGUGCCGGAAGAUAAGGUCAAGCGUCUCAAACCGACGCCAUCGGUGAUGGAACUGUGACGGCGUUAAAUCGCCCAUAUAUAUCGACUGUGAUUUUUUUUCUUUUUAACAGAGAUGCGACACCAGCCAAAACGUAGUCGAUGUAGGCAAAAAUCUCAACAUUCGUUAUCUCUCGUCUUCUCCUCUUCUCUAGCACUAUUUUGCUUGACCUUAUCUUUCGACCAAUGUUCGAACUAUCUAUACGAAAGAAUACGAAUGUUCCGCGAUGUUUCGCGAUGCGUAAGUUUUCUUUCGCUGCGUAUGAAAGUUGGCGCAUUUAACGAUAUAGCGAAAGAAGUCAUUAGAGAUUACGAUGAAAUUGAUCAUCAUCGCCAAGGUACGAAAUGUCGGAGCACCAAAAAUCAUGUCCCGCCAUCAUGCCAAUAUUCAUUGUUGACGGAAUGAACGAUCAGAAAGUCGACAGUUUGCUCCGACAUUCCGGUUUUACGAGAAAUUUCAGUAUUACACAAUUUCUUAAUCUAGCGAGGGAAAACUACGCCACCCGACAGAAUUUUAUCAAUUGUUUUCUUUUUUAGAUUUUGCUUAUCUCUUGAUAUUUAUUGCUAUGUAAAACUCUUAAGUAUAGUUCUCUAAAUAUAUGUAAAAUAAAAGACUCGAAGAUACUCGAUGGUUGGCUGAUCUUCUCAGUCGUAUGGUGGUGUAUUUCAUACAUUUUAUAUCAAAUUCGUCAAUAUGAUACUCGCGUAAUAAUUAAAGGAAUUAAAAAGAUGCUAUAAAUAUAGACUUGGUACACAGCUUUGAAUUAAUCGAAAAAAAGAGAGAGAAAAGAAAGGAGAAAGAGAGGGAGAGAAGUCUUUAAAAUAAAUUUUUACCAAAGUGCCGUGAAAAAGAAAGGAAAGACCGAGGUCGACUUAUUAUAGAAAGUGUGCACCAAAAAUAUACGCUGUUUUUUUCAGGUUUUCCGUUUUAUCGUUACAUUAUGUGAUGAAAAUAUUCUGUGCAAAAAUAUUUAUUAAUAAUAAUGAUCUUUUUGGUUUUCUUUUUCUUUAACGCGUUUUGCAUACGUGUCCAGACAAUAUAAAUGUCUGAAAACAAGUUUCACGGAAAUCAGGAUGUUUUCCAGGCGGCUUUACAGCGUUUCUUAGACAUUUGUGUCAUUUGGGUACAGAGAAGAUCAAAGUAAAUAUCUUCUCUGUGGAAAUUAAUGUAAGCAGUGUAUGUAAAAGUACAAGAGAAUGAUGUCUUCCGUUACCAUCGCGAUACAGUCUUGUCAUGAAUUUGCAGAAGAUAAUGAACAAAAAAAAAACAGAAUGUGUGAUAACUAUAGAUAAUCGUAUGAUUUGAAUCGAUGCUCUAAAUCAGGUAUUUUGCUUUAUAAAAUUGUGUUUAAACGAUUAUGUAGUACGUGUACAUGUGUAUGUAUAUACAUACACACACACAUAUAAAUACAUAUACAUAUGCACCCAUAUUAUAUAUAUAUAUAUAUAUAUAUGUGUGUGUGUGUGUGUGUGUAUUAAUCUGUGUAUAUAUGUGGCGCGUGUAAAGAUACAUACAAGAUUUUUGUUGUGUUGGUGUAAUUUUAAGAAUAACACACACAUGCACACAUGACAUAAAGUUAUUGUUAAUAUUUGUUAUACAUAUGCGCGCGUAUUUAUCUUAUUUAUUCAUAGCUCUUAAUUUAAAUGUGAAAAAUAUAAGUGUAUAUGUAUAACUUGUAUAGAAUUUUAAAUUAAAUCAAUCGAUAUAAGUAUACUUUGUAUAUCAGCGUUAUUUGUGUAAAGUAUAUGUUAUAUAUCGCGCAAAGUGACUGUAUCGGAUGUAAUUGGUGCUGCGUUCGAAUAGGUAAAAAUGAGUGCUAUACACAUACACACAUACGUACAUACAGAAAAUGUUUAUUUCUACUCGUCCAUGCUGUGAAUUCAAUGUUGGUGUGCAAUGAUAGAUUUAAGGAUCUUUGCUUCUUAUAGAGUACAUCAGCAAUAGUAUAUAUGAUGAACGUUGUGUAUAACACAAAGUUCUAACGAAUAGUUCUGUGAUUGGAGACACCGAUCGUAAAUCAAUUGCACAAAUGUCAACAACGUAUUAUUUAUCGUUUUUACUUUGUUGUUAUUGCAUCACAAUUCUUCGUAUGUGCUUUCUAUAUUUCAUAUUUUAUUUACGCUUAAUUUAUUGUAGAUGUCAAUCAAUGCCGAUGUGUUGUGGCUGUACAUUUUAUAUAUUAAUAGACGUUACGCGUUAAUUGAAUAAGUUUAUGUCGAAGAUGUUACUGCUACUGAUAAAUUAAAUAGCGCCUGAGAUUGUACGAAUCGUCAUUACGAGAAAUAAAACAACUCUUUCGACAGAGUUUCGAUCUACU